AUGGUAAAGAAUAGUUGCAAGUCAAGUUUACACUACCCUUCAACUGUUAGCUUAAGCUCUUCCAUUCAUCGUAAGCGGAAAGAAAUCAAUGACGUGAUGUGGAAAAAGAAUCAAUUGCUCAAGUUUGGUGUGUGGAAUGUUCGAACAUUAAAGGGUGUGGGCAGAACUGACCUUCUUGCCAAAGAGUUGAUUACAACUGAUAUUACAUUAUGUGGCAUUACUGAAACUCACUUAACUGGCGCAGAUAUGAUGGAUUUAGAUAAAGAUUCCUGCUAUCGUCUGUUGUUCUCUGGACCACCUGAGCUAGCUGCCAGGUGUGUUGCUCUAGUGUUUAGACAUAAUGUGAUGAAGUCACUCAAAUCGUUUGAUCCUAUCUCAGAGAGGAUAUUGCUUGCUGACUUUCUUACUGACAAAGGAAUUUUGAAUGUCAUUGUUGGUUACGCUCCAACAGAACAAUGUGAAGAGGUACUUAAAGAUGAAUUUUAUCAACAACUUGAUGUUGCUAUGCAUAAGACAGGUUCGCUUGUUGUUGUGCUGGGUGACUUUAAUGCUAGACUUGGAAAGGCAGUUUCAAAAGUUGUUGGUCAGUUUGGUUUAUCACAGUCAACCAGUGACAAUGGGGUUAGACUGAUAGAAUUUUGUCAAGCACAUAACCUGGGAAUCAAAAACACCUUUUUCCAGCAUAAGAAUAUGUACACUGCCACUUGGUAUCCUCCUAAUCCCAAAUUACAAACAAGUCUAAAAGACUAUGUUUUGGUAAAGCAGUCUAUGCAAAAAAUGGUACAUGAUACAAAAGUACGACGAGGAACAAACUUUGACAGUGACCACAAACUUGUUUGUAGUAAGAUGGUACUAAAACUUCAGAAGCCACGUGGGAAAAGACAACUAAAAACCUUUUCACGAGACGUACUCAGUGAUCCUAUUGCUCUAGGCAAAUAUCGAAAUAACGUCAUGACUAGAUACACACAAAGAUUAUCUACUGAGACUGAAGCUAUGUGGUCUGAUUUUUGUAGUGCAAUUAGGGACUCUGCAAAUGAACACCUCAAUGUUGUUCAAACCAGGAACAAUAGAUGGAUUUCUGAGCGUACAUUACAGUUGAUAGCUAAGAAACGUAAGGCUCACAUCGCUUGGAUGAAAUGUCAGGAAAACGAGAUGACUAGGAAACAUUAUGUUAGUUUAUGCAAACAAGUGAAACAAGCAGUUCGACAAGACAAAGAAGAAUGGUUGCAUAAACAAGCAUCUGAUUUAGAAUAUGACUUGAAACACCACAAUCAUUAUGAAUUUUUCAGGAAGCUCAAAAACUUUGAUCACGUACCCAUUCAACCUGCCUCAGUAAUUUUAGAUGAGCAUGGUCAGAAACUACUUUGUAUUGACGAUCAGUUAGAUCGUUGGAAGAGACACUUUGCCUCGGUAUUAAAUGUCAGACGUCCUAUUGCAAUAGACUCUGGAAUGGUUGUACGCUCUUUUGGGUCUGGUGCUCCACUGAGUGAAUAA